UAUUUAUGUGUGAUGUGGCGAGGACAGCGGCUUACCAUUCAGUCAGCCAAUGAGCAGGUGUGAGACGCAGUGAUCCACUCUACCUGACGGAGAUUGUCUGUAGGACAACAGGUUGGCCCUGAAACACACCUCUUACUUUCUGAGGAGUCUAAGCUGUGAGCGCACACACACGUCUUUACUGUCAGUGGACGCAUCAUCAUCUGAACCGCAACAUUUAACAGGAUAAAAAGAUCAUGUCCCGCCUGCAGAAGCUCCCCUUCACAGUGGCCCUCUGCCUGCUGCUCCUCGCCACAUUGGUCCCCAACUCUGAGGCCCGACGAGGAGGUGGCUUUGGUAGGGGAGGAGGAGGAGGAGGAGGCUGGGGCGGAGGUGGGCGGGGCUGGGGCGGAGGUGGGCGGCAGGCCUACAGACCUGUCCAAAGCAGCGGUCCCAGUGCAGGGAAAGUAGCCGGGGCAGCUGCAGCAGGGGCCAUAGGAGGAGCAAUGCUGGGGUCUGCACUGAGCCGCCCUGGAUAUGGUGGAGGGUACGGGGGAUACGGUGGAGGGUACGGGGGAUACGGUGGAGGAUAUGGAGGUUAUGGCUAUCCUCGACAUGGAGCGGGUUAUGGCUAUGGACCCAGGCCCGGAUAUGAGCAGGAGGGCUCUGGAGAUAUGGAGUACUAUGCCGGGGCAUCCAGUGGCCCCAUCUACAACAGCAUCAUUGUGGUGAUUGGCUCCCUGAUGUCCCUGCUAUUGGGACACUGGGUGGCACUCAUGUAGAGCUGGAGAGAAAGACACAAGCUAAAACAAAACAAAACUGAAACGAAACCCAAAACCUGACAAAGGCCAAAACUAUGGUUUAAAGUAAAAUAUAGCCCAAAAUAUGACCCUGGAAUAAAGAAAAAAUGUGGACAAUUUAUGCUCUCCACACCCACUGACCCUCAAAAACAGGAAGAGGAAUUUGACCUUUUCCACGUCAGUGUGACCAAAGCUGUAC